AUGGAUAAGUGGGCAAAGGGGGAGAAGCGGGCGCCGCGCAUCUUUGGAGAGGUCGUCAAGGAGAAGUCGCCUGAAGAGAGCGAUGUUAUCGAUCUCGGGAGCUCGCCUGCGGACACUGCGGCGGUGCUUGAGGUCGACGAUAAGUUUGGUCGGCUCGCGCCUCGAUCUAGCGAUGAGAGCAUUCGCGAAAAUGAGGAUGAUGAGGACGAGGCUGCGGCCACCAGAGACGGCAACGGACCUGGAACUGUCGAUGGAGAGAAUACGCGAGGACCGGCCGACAUCCGAGUUGCUGCUGGCAGCGAGGAGGGACAAGACGCUGCGGUCUCAGGUGAGAAGUCUGUAGGUCGAAGGAGGACGAUUGUGGACUACUACAAGGGGACUGAUUGGAGCGACACUGGACACUGUUGGGGUUCCGGUGACUGGGAACGAAGUAGUCAUUUAGUGUUGGUUUUCAUGCGGCAACAAAGGCGGCUCUUUAAUGGGAGGAUUGGAACGACGGGUUUCAAAUAAGAUCAUGUUGGCCAGCGAUGAUAUUGCCAUCGAAAGUUGUGCGAGCUGGUGUGGAAAGCGCUGAGCACUUUUGGUUCCUUUUUG